UUGUUUUGCCAACUGUACAAAGUCUUGUCAUUUGCAAAAAUAAUGCGAUUUUGUUUUUGUUUAUAUCGAUUUCCUGAACAUAUUUCCAUUGAAAUAUCUUUGCAGUGAUAUGUGACGUUGGUUGUGCUUGCAAAUAUGUCGUGGUUGAACUUGAAUCAGAGUUUGAACAGUUUAAAAGGACAAAUUACUAAUUUCGCUUCUGAGGUGUUGUCUGAGGGUCCUGGACAAGAUGUGGCUGAUGAAGCGUCUAGAACUGAUAAUAAAGUUAUUGAAUUAGAAGAAAAAUGUCGUUUACAAGAGCAGGAGAUAGUGUCCUUGAAAAAGCUUUCUGAAGAGCUGCAGGGAUUAUUGCAGAGCGAGAGGCACUACAGGAAAAAUGGCAUCAAAGAAGACGAGACAAGCUGGUACUGGGACCCACCGGCGGAAACGUCAAAAUCAAAUCCAAAUCUCGAAAACCAAUAUAAGCAUCAAAUACAGACUCUUCAAGAUGAAAUAUCCUCCUUGAAAGAAAGAGCCACCGUGGACUUGAAGCCGGACAAUGAAGAAGAAUUAAAUAGGCUCAGAGAAGAAAACAAAAACUUGACGGUCAAUCUAGAAGAUCUGGAUAACCAACACCAGAUGGCAAUGGAAAGGUUACUAACAUUAAAGAAAGAACUACAAAAAAAUUUUGAAGUUCUUAAACAGGAGCACGAAGAACUAAAAACAAGUAAUGAUGAUUACGCUGCGGAGGUAAAGACGCUGUUAGAAAAAAUAGGCGAAAGAGACAAAGAAAUCGAAAACCUCAAAGUUAAAAGUGCUGAUUCUGAAACAUUGUCGCAUAAGUAUCAGAAUUUAGAAAGAAUACACAGUCUGCUAAGAGAAAAUGCUGAAAAAUUUCAAGAAGAGAACCAAGAACUUCAUGAAGAGGUAUUUAAACUGCAAGAACAAGUGACUAAAUUAGAGCAUGAAAUAGAACUCGCGAUAAAGAAAACAGAAAAAUCGAAUACAGUGCCGAAAGAACAGUACGACGAAGUUAUAAAGGAAUUGAACGAAUUGAAGAACAGAAAGAACUUAGACUUACAAUUGGAUGAGAUCAAUAUUGACGAUAACGCCAAAAGCGUUAUUGAAAAUUUGAAACGAGAAAUCGGUGAACUCAAACAUCAAUUGAACCAAAGGUCCUCUGGAAACCAUGAAACGGAGGAACAUAAAACAAUAAAAGCCGAGAAAUUCAUGCAGCUGUACAAUAAAUAUGUAAAUUUCGAACUUCCGAUAGAUUACGUGGGUGAAAUACCGUCACCUGGUGACAGUAUAGUGCUUUAUAAACUUGAAAGUGUUUUAAAAACAGUGAAUUCAUUCAAAAGAGACAUUGAUACACUAGAACAAAAAUUGUCUGAAAAGAACCUAAAUAUAAACCAUUUGAAAACUCAGAUUGAUGACUUAACAGCAGAGAACGACUUUCUAACAACAGAUAUUCAACAUUACGAAAGUGAAUUAAACGAAAUGAAAAAGAAUAAUGAUUUUCUCAUAUCAGAAAUAGCAGUCUUAAAAAACACAUCCAAAUUAGAACCCAUAAUAGAGACACAUGAAGAUAAUCUGGCUAAAUUAGAAACUGAACUAGCAGAUUCAAAUAAGCUUAACAAAUCGUUUGAAUGUGAAAUUAAAAGGAUUGAAAAAGAACUGGCGGAAGUUCAAGCAGAGAAAUUCGUACUACAAGAAACUUUAAAUGAUCUAAAAGGUAAAUAUACGGCUAUGUUAAAUGAGGUGGAAACGCUUCAAAAUAAGACUAGAGAUGUCGAAGAGCUGGAGAACAGUGCGUGUGUUCAACAAACAGAACAACUUAAAGCAGCUUCUGAUGAAAUUGAUAAUCUCAAGAAACUUUUGAACGCAGCAAACGCUAAGAGUGAGCAACUGUCUAUAGAUGUUCAUAUAAUAGAAAAUGACAAGGUUCUACUAAUGAAGGAAAUAGAUGAAUUAAAAAAAGAUUUAAGAAGAAACAUUUCAGAAAAUACACAAUCUGAAACGAAUGAAACAUUGUUAAAGAAGGCACUUUCAGACAACGAAUCAAAAUUAGAAGAAUUGUCAAGAAAUUUCGCAAAAGUAGAACAAAGUCAAUUGCAAGGGGUAGAACUAGUUGGCUUUUUAAAAGAACAGUUACAAUUGAAAGAUAAUCACGUACCCAGAACAGAGUUUGAUAAACUAAAUGAAGAAAGUAACACUUUGACCGGCCAUCUUGAACAAGCUAUCAAAGAAAAAACAUCUUUAAGUAAAACAAUUGAAACUCUCAAACAAGAAAUAGAAUUGUUAAAACAAAAUGAAAGCGAGCUUCUGACUAAAAAUGAUAAUAAAAAAGAUCAAGACUUGAAUACAUUAAAACUGACAAUCGAAGACCUUAAGGCUAAGCUUAUCCAACAAGAGCUUAUGGAUAUUGAAGUUGAAAGCUUGAAAGUUGAAAACAAAAAACUCAAUGAAAGACGAAUCCAACUAGAGACAGAACUGUCAAAUACCGAUUCCAAAAUUGUGCAUUUAGAAGAAGAAUUCGAAAAAUUAGUAACAGAUUUAAACGACAAGGAUACAUUGAUUGAUACACUUAAUAAUACUGUUGCGCAAAACGCCAUUUCACUGGCAAACUUGAGUCAAAAUGUAACCGACUUAGAAAACUCGUUAUCUAAAAAAAAUGAAGAAAUACAAAGCCUCAAAAACUCAUUAGAAGACGCAACUGUAAAACGUAACAGAUUUGACGAAAAUGUCAAAGAAUUACAAGCGGAAAUAAGUAAGUUGAAUUUAGAAAAGGAAGAAAUAUCUAAACAGAUUAUGAUCUUACAUGAUGAAGUAAAUGUGAAGAAUGCCCAAAUAUCCACAUUGACUAACCAUUUAGGGGAACUUGAAAAUUCUGGUCGCGAUUACAAGAUUUCCAUUGAAAACAAAGACAAAGAAAUAAAAGAACUGAAUCAAUCAAUAGUCGAACUUACGGACAAAAUUAAAACCGUGGACAAUAGCACACAUCAUAAUGAUGAAUACGCUACAUUACUUUCAGAGAAGACAGCUCUAGAGAAACAGGUCAUUGAACUAAAAAAUAAUGUGAGCGCGAAAGAAACUGAACUAAUUGAUUUGAAAGUUGAAUACGACCAAAUUGAGAAGUCAGUCAAUGACUAUAAGAUUACUGUAGAUAAGAUAAAUUCUGAAAAAGGAGAAUUAAUUAAUUUAGUCAAUUUGAAACACAACGAAAGUAUACAAUACCAUAAUGAAAUUCAAAGGCUUAAUCAAGUUCUAAUGGAGCAAACCAACGAAUACAGAAGAUUACUUGAAGAAAAAGAUCAUUUGAUACAAAAUGUUUCACAAAAUUGUGCGAAUUGUGAAAAUUUGAAAAUAAUUCUGAAAGAAAAAGAUGAUGCAAUUGUAAAGCUGAAUCAAGCUACGAGCGAAUCCCUGAAAAUGAGAGCGGAACUGGACAAUGCCGGUGAAACUGUCAAUAACCUGACUGAGAAAUGUGAUAAUCUGAAUAAGAAUCUUACAAUACAACUUGAAGUCGUCAAGAAAUUGACAGCAGAAAAUUUACAGUUGUCGGAGAAAGAGCAGAACCUUGCCCGCGAGCUGGACAGGCUCAGGUUGCACCUAGUGGAAACCGAAGAGAGCUACACGCAGGAGCUGAUGGUGUCAGAACAGAAGUUGACCGAAUGUCAGACAAGGCUGCACCAAGUCGAAGAACGAGCUAAACAGACAAGCACUGUCUACACGAGUAAUAGCAUCCGAGCCAACCAAGAAGUGGAAACUCUUCGUAAUCAAAUCAAGCUUCUGGAGAAGCAAAGGGAAGAAGUGCAAGGGAGAUUGAGUGAAGCAGAAGACGCUAGGAGUCGUAGCGAAGCGGCGCUAACUAAUCUGCAAGUCGUUUUAGAACAAUUCCAAUUAGAUAAAGAACGAGACGUUCACGCGGCAACAGAGAAAAUAAGAAACAAAAUGGAAGAAUUGAAACAUAGAAAUAACGACCUCCAAGACGAGAUAGCAAGGCUCAAUGCUAAGGUACAAGAGGCACUGGCCGGGCUACAAGCGGCCAGUAGACUUGGAGAUCAAGUCGAAACCAAAACCGCGCAAAUAAAUGACUUGAAGGAACAAGUCGCAACUCUCCAAGCGUCCGUAACAGCAGCCGAGGAGAGAUAUUAUAAUGCCAUAUCGAACCAGCAGGACAAGGUGGACAAGAAUUUAGUCAAGAAUAUGGUCAUCAAUUAUGUUUUGACACAGUCGAAUAACACUGUCAACAAGAUCCAGGUGCUCAGGGUGCUCUCGACGAUACUAGACUUCAAUCAGCAGGAAUGCGAGAAGCUAGGCCUGGUGAAGACGAACUCUGCGACCGAUAGCUUAGCGGCGGAGUUCGUCAAGUUCCUCCAGAACGAGUCCAAGCCGAGGUCCCCGCUGCCGAACAUGAUGGGGAUAGCGCAGAGCAGCAGGAGUACCACGCCUACUUCUAGGAAAAGCUCUACGAUCGGACCGCAUCCGACCUUCGAGACGGGACACAAACGGAAUCCAUCGAACGGCUCCAACAACCUGCUCUUCCAGAAUCUGGACGCUUUAGAGACGGCGUCGGUGAUAUCGCGAGACUCUGAACCCGAACCCAGGGCUGCGCCUCCCCUCGACACCGGCGUCAACCAGACCCGCAACACUGAGGGUUCGAUACUGAAAUACGUUUUGAAAGAUAUGUGAUGAAUGGUAAGUAAUAAUGGUGAUGCGUAACAAAUAACAGGUAUCGUGUGAUAUCGACUGUGAAAUAAUAGCAGCAGCUACUGGAUUCGCGUUUUGUUUUGUUAGACUUAAUUAUUCGGGCGGACUCAUAGUCUAGGAUGCAUCGAUCGUCCGACCUCACAGACAUUAUUGAGACAUGGUAUUGAAGUCUAUUUAUCGUGUAUCGGCUGUCCCACCCUACGGCUAGUAUUGAGUAAGGUGUAACACCAAGUAAUAUUAAUAUUGUACGAUAAUGUAAAAUAUGUGUGUAUUUAUUGUCUUAGCAAAUGCACUUUUGUUUUCGAUUGUCCAAGUAUCAGUCUGACGUCACAGUACGUACAGUCGCGUGCAAAAUUAUACUCUAUUCCAAUUACGAGGUCCCUUUUGACACUUCUUAGAAUGUAACUCUUCAGGUUUCGCAUUAAUUUGAAAUAAUAAUCAUUUUUUGUUAAUGAUCGUAAACAUGAUUUAAAAAAUACACAAUCAAUCUAAAUCAUUAUACA